GUGGCGAUGAUCGGCCUAGGCUUUUCUUUCAUUUUUUUCGGCUGGUGUGUGUGACGCGUUCUCUCUCUCUCUUUGGGGGAUUAAAAGCACACACGGUCUGUCGGUCGUUCAGUCCGUCGGUGCUGGUGUUGAUAUCCUAAAGGGCGUCAACACUCUCUCAUGCUAGCACUCACUCUCUACUCAUCGACUAAACAAAAACCGUUGGGCCGCUGCCGCCGCCGUAUACCGGUGAGAAAUAACAACCCCGAAAACUGAAAAAAAAAGAGCUUCUAGUCGCGAUAAUAUUUGGAUUGCGCCGGAACCGUUUUCUUCUUCCCUUGGAAACCGUUCGAAAGGUGAUGGCAGAUUUUUUUUCCCCUUUAAAAAACAAGAAGAUUUAGAUAAAGAAAAGACACCAGCAUACACACACACGCAGUUACAACGAUGAAAAAAGGAGUUUUUUGUUUUGUUUUUCACGGGAUGAACAGCGACGACGACGACGCCCGCAUUUUGGGUUUCCGCGUCCCGUAUUCCCUCCCUCCGGGUCCCUCCUUCCCCUCUCAACGCAACUCCACCCCGAUGGAAAACCACGAAGAGAGACAUGCGGAUGAAAGACGGGAAAUCCUGCUGCUGCUGCUACUCGGAUCUUUCUCUCUGUGUGUGUGUAUUUUUUCGCUCCCCAUUUUUCGAUUAUUUUUCACGAGCUUACGCGAGCUCAUUCCCAAGUCUAGAUUUAUCACAUUAAAAAAAAGAAACGAUCAACUUGAGAAACGUCCCGCGGUCCGAAUAAUCGUGAACCGCUCGAGGUGCAAAAUCGCAGACCGUUCUUAUUUUUCUUUCUUUUUCUUCAAGUGUUGUUCCCUUGUUUUGGUUUCGAAAGAAAAGAAAGAAGAAGAAGAAAAACCGUGGUGUGUCUGUGUGUGUGUGUGUGGAGCCGAGUUGAGUUUGUGUCUUCAGUCGGUCGACCACCUCCCCAGCGAGCGGUCGCACUUAACUCCGGGAGGAUUUUUGAUUUUCCUAGUGUGUGUGUGUGUGGGUUGUCUGACGUAGGCCGCAGUGUUUUAGUUUCUUGUGUGUGUGGAUUGUUUCCCUAUUUGAUCGGCAAUGACAUCCUCAUCGUGAUAGAAACUCAUCAAUUAAUUCGAAAGAUUCCUUCGAUCGGUGGGAAUUUACAAUCAAUCACAAUAGCCCAACUACUACUAUUACUCAGAAUGGAGUGGGUGGAGAUCAUCGAGCCGAGGACCAAAGAACACAUGUACGCCAACUUGACGACCGGCGAAUGCGUCUGGGAUCCGCCGCCUGGCGUUUCAGUGAAACGGACGACGGACAACCAGUGGUGGGAGUUGUUCGACCACAAGACAUCGCGCUUCUAUUACUAUAACGCCGCCACCCAACGGACCGUCUGGCACAGGCCGCCCAACUGCGACAUCAUCCCGCUGGCCAAGUUACAGACGCUGAAGCAGAAUACUCAAGUCAAAUCGCCCAGCCAAGAUUCGGCCUCGUCAAAAGGGGGUGAUGAAUCUCUAUCGCCGUCUCAAAACGGCCCAUCAACCGAGAAUGUCCGGCCGGCAGCCAAAAAGGAAUCCGUUUCCACUCAGACCCCGUCACGUUCCGCUUUGAGCCGGAAUGAUCGCAAUGGAAGCACUGGCGGAAGCGGGACCAGGCGCAGUGUGGAAAAGCAUCACGAGUCUUCUCGGCCUUCUUCCGGCGGAGGAGGAUCGGUCAGCGCUAUGACCGGGACGGGGACUCAGACGUGCUCGACGUCACCUGUGGCCUCGCCACGCCCUCACCGGCGUCACCACCAUCACCACCACCAUCACAAUCACCACAAUCACCAGUGUGGAAGCACUUCGGGCAGCAUCAACAAGCACGGCCACUGUCAGCAUCCGCAGAGCGACGAGGAUGUGGACGAGGCUCACCUGGAGCCGCUGGCCCAGCUCUCGGCCCAGCAGCAGCAGCAGCAGCAGAGGAAGGUCCGUCGAGGCACCAGUCACGGCGGAUGGUACAACCGGCACGGCAAGUCUCAAGAUUCCGGACGAUCCAGCGAUUCCAGCACUCUCUCGCUCAGCAAACGCUCCGACAAGCUGGGCAGCAGCGCCGGAUCGGGUCCUCUGGGCGGAUCGUCGCUGACUUCGCCGCUCCGCGGGACUCCGUCGAGUGGGCGGAGGCCGACCCUGGAUCCUCCGCCCCUGGAGUUUGGCAUCGGCAGCACGGCCAGCACUCCGCUUUCCAGCCGGAAGAAGGGCAGUGGCGGCAGCAGCGGUGGCGGCGGAGUCGGCGGCGGAGGGAGCGGAAGCGGUGGCGGCGGAAUGGAAUUGUCUCGCCAGCGCAGCCUGGACUCUGAAACGAGUCCCGUGUCGGGAUUGAUGGGCUCGGCCGGCUUAUUGAUGGGCAGCAACAGCACCAGCACCACCCCGACGCCCGUCCGCAGCCACAAACCCAACGACCUCUUUUAUCGCGACGGAUCUCUUUCCAGGAGUUUGAGCUUCAUGCAACAACGACGACCUCAAACGGCUCGCGGCCAGGGUCCGCUAUUCGACUUGUGGUCGCCCCAGCGGGAGCACCAGCUCCUGUCGGGAGCCAACAGCGAGAGCGCUCCGGGAGUGGAUAGUCUGUGCACGCCCAUGAUCAAUCGCAAGCAGCGGUCGUUUGAAUCGGGCGGCAGCGGAGGGUCCACGGGCAAACCGGCCCGGGUCUACCACCACUCGCAGCUGGACUCGCCGAAAUUGCAGCACUUGUCGUCGUCGUCGUCCCAGCAGCAGCAGCAGCAGCAGCCGAGGCAGCAGAGGCCACUGGGCUCGUCGGCUUCGUUCCGGACGUCGUCGUCGACCGGAAGCGGCGGAAGGGAUCAUCCGCGCCAAUAUGGAGGCCCUGGCGGCAGCUUUGGGUCCGAUUCCAGUCCUAGUCCAAAACGGGAGAGCAAGGAGCAGCGGGACUCGCUGGGCCGCGUCCUCCGAUCCACCGACUCGUCACCUCACUCGGCCGGAGAUUCCGGAUUGGCAACGACGGGCAGUCGGGCCUCUCAGGACAGCCGGACCAAGACGAGUGCCGGCACCAAAUCAUCUCCUUCUUCCUCGUCUCCUUCGGCCCAGCUGGGAGCUUCGGCCAUGGGCAAUCUCUCCUCAUCUUCCCAGCCGUCGACUGCGUCCGCAAUGGCGGCCGAUGCCAACGGCAGCGCCGUGGAGGCGGCCGGCGGUCCCGUUUACGACCCGGUCCCGCUCUACUCCAACAUAGAUUACAAUUAUUACCUGGAUUCGAAAGCCCAGGCCCAUCUCUUGCCACUGCAGCAGUACAUCCUGGAACAGGCCAAAUUGUCCGGCUACCGAUUCGGAGACUCGUCGCCCAUCGCCGAGGACGGAGGCGGAGGAGUCGGCGGUGGCGGCGGUGGUGGGCGAACCGGCGCCGAUCACUUUCGAUCCGACGACGAGGAAGAGCACGACUCACUUCGUCACCGCCUACGGGUUCCCACUCAUCUCCAUCCGCCGGAACACGACGACAGCGAUGACUUUGCCGAUGAUGAAGGCAUGUCGAACGUGGAGGAUUCGUCGUCACUGGAAUACCUGGACGAAAGCCAAUACCUGGAAGAAGACGAUCACUACACCCAGUUCCUCUUGCCACCGGCUCCGCCGCACCGCCAGCAGUCAAAGACUUUGCUGCAUCACUUCGGCCCCGGGUCGGGGCCCAAUCCCAGCGGCUACACAGUCAGUGCGGAUGUGAUUGUCGAGCCGGAGUACACGGAAGCCGAUCCGGGCAUUUCCGGCGGCACUUACCGCAGCCUCCCCGACGGUCCUAUGGCUUCCGGCUCGGUGGUUUCUCCCAAUUCGUCGGCCCUGAUGCAUUCGGGUUCCACGUCCUCACUCCGCCCUCGCCCCAAAGAAUCCAUGAUGAUCCAUCCGUCGAGUUCGCUGUACUCGCCAGUCAUGGACCGAGCCGGGCCGUUCGCCAUGGAAGGAUUCCGUCAGUCAGUGGAUUCCGCCAUACCGGCACCUUCCAGCAAGACUAGUCCGUUGCAGCGAUCUUCGUCAACGCUUGGGCCCAACGGCAAGGGUCCCACCACUCCGACCGAGGGCGACAUUGAAAAGUACGCUCAGAGCCACCUCAACAUCCACAAGAAGGGCCUGUUCCGCAAGAAUUUGUCGAUCCGGGACAUGCUCAGCUGGUCCAAGGAUCCCAUCCGCAAGCCGAUGCUCCCGCUGGAAGACAAGACCCUGAAGAAGGAGGCCUGCGAUCUCUUCAAAUUAGUGCAGAUUUACAUGGGCGAUCGCAAGUGCAAGCCGGGCAUGACGUGCAACUCUGUGGCCCUGGAACUGUGCAAUCACGCCUGGAACAAGCCGGCCCUCCGUGACGAGCUCUAUUUGCAUGUCUGUCGUCAGACGACGGAGAAUCCUCGCAAGGAGAGUCUCAGACGCGGUUGGGAGCUGAUGGCCGUCUGCCUCUAUUUCUUCCCACCUUCGCCCAAGCUGGAGCCUUAUCUCGAUGGCUACAUCAACCGUCAUCGCGAUCCCGGUCUGAAUUUCACCGAAGUCGCCAAAUGGCCCAUUCACGUGCAAGUGUCUCAUUACGCCACGAUUAGUUGUCGACGGCUGAUGCGGAUCGGUGCUGCCGGACGACGCCACGAGCGCAAACCCACUUUAGAAGAAAUCGAGCAAGCCAGGUUGCAAAUUUUCCGGCCCAGCAUGUUUGGCAACACCCUGGAGGAGAUAAUGAUGGUCCAGCGCGAUCGCUUCCCUCAUCGCAAACUGCCCUGGAUCCAGACAACGUUAUCAGAAGAGAUCCUUCGACUCCAAGGCGCUCAAACCGAAGGCAUUUUUAGAGUUCCUGCAGAUGUAGACGAAGUCAAUAGCUUAAAGAAUCGAAUGGACCAAUGGGAAUUGUGUCCCGUUAGCGACGCUCACGUCCCGGCCUCUUUGCUGAAACUUUGGUACCGCGAACUUUACGAGAGUCUCAUCCCUGAUGAACUGUAUCAGGAUUGUGUUCAAUACUGUGCCGAUCCCGAGCGAGCCGUCGCCAUAGUUCACCGUCUGCCAGAAUUUCACCGACUGGUUCUAUCGUAUCUCAUCCGCUUCCUACAGAUCUUUUCGCAGACCGAAGUGUCUUCUGUGACCAAAAUGGACGCCAGCAACUUGGCCAUGGUGAUGGCACCCAACUGCCUCCGCUGCAACGCCUCCGAUCCUAAAGUCAUCUUUGACAACGCCCGCAAAGAGAUGGCGUUCAUCCGGACGUUGAUCCAGCACCUCGACACCUCUUUCAUGGAGGGCGUUGUUUGAAUCUUUGGAACUUUGUGCCGUGCUGGGAAAAGAAAAUGAAGAAACAACCCAAAAACUCAGCAACAAAUCCCCCCCCCCCCCCACAUGUAGCAUGAAGAUAUAUAGUCCUUCUUCUCUGUCUUUUUUCUGUUACUUUAACCCGGUAGUUAUCUCGACUUCAUUUUUUAAAUGAUUAGCCGCAUUUUUCUUCUCGUUUUUUUUCCUCCCCAUUUUUACAAAAAAACUUGCAGGUUCAAUUUUACGCAAUCUAAGUCAUUCGAUUUCAAAUGCAAACCACGAGGUCGCAAGCUCCGCCCCGAUUUUUUCAACACAGCUACAUCAAGAAUCUGAAGGCAGCUUUCUUUCGUUCACCUUUCGUGUGUUUGUGUUUUUACAAAAGAAACAAAGAAAAAAAGAAUUUUUACUUUUUUCAUAUGCGACGGUAAUAAUUUAGUAAUAAAGAUUUAAUAUAAAUAUCUCGAAGCUAGAAGAAGAAGGAAAAAAAAAGGAACCGAUUGCAGCUCUCGUUUGCAUUUUGUCUUGAGGAAGAAGGGAAAAAAAAGUAGACGAAAAAAAUUAAGAAAUGUCAUUUAAUUAAAUCCCCCUAAAGACAAAUCUAUUCACGAGAUAUGCCUCCAAAGUCAAUAGUUUUCGAUUGUAUAAACUCUUCUUAACAUCCUCAUUUGUUGGAUAUUUUUUUUCUUCUUCUUUUGUUUUAUUUUUUUAUUUUGUUUCGAUUAAAAUCAACUGAAAUUUUUGUGAAUUCCUCUGUGGUUCGUGCCGACGAUUCGAUUGGCCCAUACACUCACGCUUUUUUUUUCUUUUGAAUUAUCCAAAUUUUUGCAAUUUCACUCUUCAAUAACGUCUUGUUUCUCUCUUGUCAUCAAUUUUCUCAUCAACAAUAUGGGGCAGCGAUGUUUCGUGUUGGAAAACUUCGGCCACAUUAUUUUUAUCUGCUAGAAAAGAAAACCAACAAAAAUGGCGUUGACAAAGUUCAAUCGAAUAAAAAAAAUUAUUAUUUUUUAUUUUAUUUUUCUACCUUUUCAUUUGUGUUGUGUGUGUUUUUUCCCCCUUUAAAAAAAUUUCCAUGAAAAGAUUUUCAUCAAAUCCGCUCGGACAGCUUGCAAAUGUUCUUGCAUGUUCUUCCGCCUGUCUCAUCACAUUCAAAUCUCCAGUCCCCUCGGGCUGUCUAGCCAUCUUUAAUAUUCUCUCUUUUGCCUUCAAUAAUUUGAUGAUAUGUGCCCAUUUGAAAAACACUUUUUUUUUGUCUUCAUCUAUUUUCUUUUUUUGUUGUUGUUGUUUUCUUCACGAAACUGACACACACACACAUACACACUGAACCUUUUAUAUAUAUAAUCUAUUUCUCGUGCUUUUGUACUAUAUUAUACGGCCGCCAACUGAA